AUCCUGGACAGCUGAAAUCUCAGAAUCUCUACCACGAUGGUGAAGUCUAAAGCUCAACCAAAGAAGCAGCAAAAGCGCGGCGUUGAUUUCAAAAAAAUAAGAAGAAAAGUUGGUCGAAAAUUGCCCCCGCCAAAGAACUCUACUAACACGGAAAUCAAAUCCAAAGCGAUUGUUCUUCCCGAGCAGAGUGUAGCUUUUGAGAAGGCAGGUUUAGCUGUGAGUAAGAAAGGGUUAACCCUGAAGGAGCUUCUUCAGCAAACAAGUCAUCACAAUGCUAGAGUCCGUAAAGAUGCAUUGGUUGGAAUCAAGGAUAUAUUUCUUAAAUACCCAGUUGAACUGAAGCUGCACAAACUUGCUGUUAUAGAGAAACUGCGUGAACGGAUUAGUGAUGAUGAUAAGUUGGUUCGUGAAACACUAUAUCAACUCUUCAAGUCAGUUAUUUUUCCUGGAUGUGUAGAGGAUGGCAAGAGGCCAUUUAUAUCCUUGAUAAUGGUGUACAUAUUCAGCGCAAUGACAAAUUUAGCAAUUGAAGUGCGAUUAAUGGCUUUCAAAUUUCUUGACCUUGUCAUCCAGAAUUAUCCAUCUACAUUUUCCAUGUACGCAGAAAAGGUUGAUGAACCUUCUCUUUAAGUGAAUGGAUUUGCUCAUACAUUUUUAAUUGCUACUGGCGAAUUCGUUGAUGCAUUUCCUUGUCUACUGCAUGUACGAGUAUAGUUCAAAUACAUUAAGGUGCCUUACCUUCAAUUUUAAUUUAGACUUGCAAA